UCCAAAGAUUGACAACCCAAAAUGCAAUCAUGGCGCACGGGGCACUGUGUUUUUAGAAUGCUGAGAAGUUUUUACGUAAACACUUCGUUAUUUUACAUUGAAAUCGAUUUAUGUGUUUUUAUAAAUUAUCCUUGAGUUUUUACGGUUGUAGUGAAGCAUACAUGUGUGUUCCAAACUUGAUUUUUACAUUGGUUCGGACCCACGUCUCAGUACCACUGGACACUUGCAGAUAACUUUGUUGGUGUCAUAAUGUCAGAGGCGUACGCCCGCGAGAUACUACGAAGGAAUGUUGCGCAAAUAUGCCAAACUGUAGGAUGGAACGGUAUAAACUCGACACCACUUGACAUUCUGGUUCAUGUGUUGGAGAAGUACAUAAGGACUCUAGGCACCCAAGCAAACAGGCAUGCUGAACAAUUUAACAGGACUGAACCAAAUUUACAUGAUUUAGGAUUAGUAUUUCGUGAUCUACACGUGAACCUGCCCGAGUUGGCAGAGUAUGUGCGUUGUGUACCACCUGUACCACCACCUGUCAAUUCUGUCAAGUUCCCCAAGCCAAAAGAAUCAAAUUUGAAUUUCCUGAAGCCCGGCAGCCAUGAAGUCGUCACAAGGCCCAUGCAUGUACAUGAACACCUGCCCCCCAUGUAUCCUGAGAAGGAAAGGGAUACACCAGCAGUUGCAGGAACUGUUGAAAUUCGUCAAAAUGGCAUUGACAAUGUUGAUAAUAGCAAUACAAUGUGUACAAGUCCAGAAAUAUCAGUCACUGAUAGUCCUGAGAAACCUAAGGACUUAUUCAAGAGGCCAACGGACCCUGUGUCUUUAUCCAACAGCAAAAGACCUAGGUUACGUCUGGAGGAGGAGGAGAGGACGCGAGAGAUAAGUAGUGUGAUGAUGACCAUGUCAGGUUUUUUAUCUCCUGCCAGAGAAGGCAAGUUGCCUGAAGCCCGUCCUCCAACAAUUAUAUCAGAAAAACAUUAUGACAAACACAAAGCAAACUCACAUCAUACAAAUAUCAUCAAACCUCCAAUAUUAGAGAAAGCUGACAAGAAAUCAAAGAAAAAUAAAUUAUUGAAUGGUAAAAUUAUGAAAAGUAAAAGAAAAGAUAAGAGUCAUAAAGGUGAAAGUAGUAAAUCAAAGGAUAAUAGUAAAUUGAAUAAAUAUCCAUCAGGACAUCCAGUAAAGAGUAGAGAUGUUCAUCCUAAGCAUCAUAAUCAUGUUACGAUGCCAGCGCCGAAGCCAAUACUUCCACCACCUCCAUUAAGGCCACUGAUGAUGCCACCUCCUUUAGUACCGAUAUCUGCGCCCCAACCACCAUCGGUUAUAAAGCAGGAGCCUGUAGACCCACCACCACCAACACCACCACCACCAUCACCGUCACCAGGUCCUAAAAACGUGGUACUUGCAGAGGAUGCUAUACCUGUUCCAAGAAAGAUACCAAUAUCCCAAUCACCACUCAUUGCUAACUCAGCCCCUGUAAAUAAACAACAUACAUCAACAAAUUCCUUAAUACCAGAUAUAGAAAUAAAGAAAGAGGUCAUUGAUGAGGAGGAAAAAUUGGCGUCCCAGCCUGACCGAUCAAAGAUUAAUAUAUUUAGGCGAAUAACGAACAAAUCUAAGGAAGAUAAGAGUACUCCAGAGGUUGUCCCUGAGAAAACACAGUCUGAUCCAAUGAUCUCAAGGUUGCAGAACUCUGCAGAAGUGAAUGCCGUGGAAUCUAGAUCCUAUGAGAAUGUUAGAAUGAAAACUGAGCCGGAGCUAAGAGUUGUGAACAAUAAUGAUAGUAGAGCUGUAGAUUUAUCUAAGGUUAUGGAUUUGAGAACCAAUGAGGUGAUUAGUAUUGACGAUGAUUCUAUGGAAAAAAAUCCCAUGCUACAAGCCAGGCUUCAGCAGCCUGAAGUACGUCCCAGUAUAUCAAUAAACAAAGCCCUACAAGUACCGUUCCCCAAAGAUGUAGCUAGUGUCAGUCCAAAAAUUAAAAAAGAGAAAAAGCACACUAAAAAGGAUAAAGUUGCAAAAAUGGAAGCUAAGUUGUUAAAGAAACAGCAAUUAGCACUUGAAAUGGCACAGGCUGAGAAACAAGGUAUGAAAAUGAGUGGUGUCAAACCGCCUAAACCAAGUAGGCCAAAGAAUGAAUCGAAAAUGCCACAAAUGCCACCUGGAUUUCCAUUUUUCCCUACAAUGGCACCAGGUAGAGGCUUGAUGCCAGGCCCAGGGUUGAUUCCCAAUCCUGGUCUUAUGCCAGGUACUGACUUCCUGAGUAGUUUUUCAUCAAAUCCGGCAUUACGAGGGCUUCCCCCUUCAAAUUUAUUAAGUAAUCCGUUCGCGUUAGGCGCUGGCGGGCCUGGGCUUAUUCCUGGACCCAGUUUUCUGCCUGGCGGUUUAAAUCCAGGCAUUCGUAAUCCUCUCAUGUCCAUGGGAAAUUACCCACAUACGUCCCGGUCUUCAUCUGUAAAAAUACCUCCCAUGCUUCGUCGUCCCAGCUUAGAAGUAAUCCCUGUAGAUAACGACGAGGACAGAGGUAUGCAUAAGAGUUCAAUGUUGUCCCGAGACAAAGACAGGCACGAUAAGCACAAAUCUCAGACCAUUCCAAAUAUAUUACAAAAGCAUAAAUCAAAAUCACACAAAGAUCAUAAAUCGAGUCUGUACAAGAUGCCUCCAGUUCAGCCCGAUAUAACAAUCGAAUUAAAUCCCCCGAAAGUAGAUCCUGUAAGGCAAGAGCCGCCGCGGCAUUCCCCUGUUCCUCCUCCACGCCUACCUACUCCAGAGCCUAUUCCGCAACCGGAACCCGAACCCGCACCGCGACCGGUCAAACCACCCACACCUGAGACGUCUCAAGAAAAAGAAUUAGAAAAUUCAGACAAGAAAAAGGAUAAGUCACAUAAAAAAGAAAAGAAAGAUAAAGAUGGCAUCAAAAUUAAAAAGAAGAAGGACAAGAAGGAUAAAAACAAAGAUAAGUCUGAAAAGAAACGUGAUAAAGAUGAACGGCAAGAGUUGAAGGAAUUAAAGGAUAGGAUAAAGAAAGAGAAGAAGGAGAAGAAAAAAGAAAAAUCCGGCGACGGGUUAGUGCCCAAGUUAACGUUGAAACUCAGUUCUUCCAAUUCAAAUUCACCUAUGCCGCCGAGCUCGCCCGACACGUUUAAACUAAACAUAAAGCCGCUCGUGAAAAAAGAGCGGGAAGAGAGCCCGCCCAAAGAGGAGCCGGUGUCAAGAGAACAGAGCCGGUCGCCGGAACUCGCUCAAAUAUCUGCCUUGGUCACGAGACCUCCUAAGCAGAAACAUUCAAAGCACAAUCACAUCGCCGAAGCAGAGGCGCAUUCGUCGUCGCCGCCUUCUGGCUGCUCGCCGCCGCGAAAAAACACACCCUCAAGCCACUCGAAAUAUAAGCGGAUAUUGUUCAAACCACUUUCAAAGAAGGGGCACGUGGAACUCGACGAAGAAGUCGCUACACUAUCGGACGAGCCGCCACCCGCCGCUUCGCCCGCUCCCGCCCCGGCGCCGCCUCCGCCCGCCGCGGAGAAGCCGGCCGGGCCCUUGCCCACGCCCUACUACGUCGACGAGCACGGGAACAAAAUAUGGGUGUGUCCGGCGUGCGGUCGGCCCGACAACGGUUCGCCGAUGAUCGGCUGCGACGGCUGCGACGGCUGGUACCACUGGGUGUGCGUGGGCAUCACCGAGGAGCCCGGCGCCACGGAAGACUGGUUCUGCAAGUCUUGCAUCGCCAAGCGGGCCGCCAUGGCGCUCGCCGGCGUCACGUCCGGCAAGAAGAGAGGCCGGAAACCAAAAGGGGACAAAAUCAGAGACUGUCAUUGAUAUGGACUUUUCGUUGUUACUGAGAUUAGUUUUAAUUUUCCAUUCUAUAGACAUGAGUAAAUGGAUGCGAGUUGUUAAUGGAUUAAUUGUUGAAUGAUAUCACGAAGAAAAAAUGUUUUCAUAAUUAAUAAUGUUAUAUCAUAGGCUUGGAAUAAGUAUAGAUAAUAAUUGAAUAUUGACAUAAAAUGUUGAAUAUAAAGAUAGUGUAGUUACUUGUAAUAAUUUUACCAUAAUUUUAAAUAUUUUGUUACUAUUUGUCUCAUUUUUUUUUCGCUCGAUCAGAUCAAGACGAAGGGUCGCGAGCGUGUUAUACACUACUCGCGUGUAUACAUAGAUGGUAAUAUAAGAUUCUUUUUAUAUUGUACAAAAACUGAAUUUACUUAAGAUAUUGGUGAUGUAUAAAGUAAUGUAGUCAAUAUUUAAAUAAACAGAAAAAAGCUGGAUGUAUUUUCAGCUGAUAUUUGAAUAUUUUCAUAUUAUAAUUUUAAUAUAACCCUGUUUUUUUUUUGUUAAAGUUGUUCCUUCAUUUUGUACAGGACUGGCACGGUCGUGUGAUGCGUCGCGUUGCGUGUUGCGCUCGCGCAUUGCAGUGUAGGCGACGCGGUCGUAUUACACGAUGGUGCUCGUCUUACUGCAUUCGACUAAUUGGAGGGGAGGCAAUGUAAAUUUGAUUUCAGCCAGUGGCCAAUUAAAUAUAUUGGUACUCGAAA